CGCUCGGGUCCAGUCGGUGUCGGGGAUGCGGCGGGUUACGUUGUUCGUGAACGGGAGUCACCGGGACGGGAAGGUGGUCGCUGUGUAUGGAACUCUGCCGGACCUGCUGUCAGUCGCCAGCAAUAAGCUGAGUAUCAAGGCCGUUCACCUCUACAAUGGGAAGGGUGGUCUCAUUGAUGAUAUCGCACUCAUUCGGGAUGAUGACGUAUUAUAUGUGUCUGAAGGUGAGCCGUUUAUAGACCCUGAGGCUCACAGGAAGGACAUGGAUGCCAAAUUAGAGAUGUGCACUGACUGGAUAACACUAAACGUUGGGGGACAAUAUUUCACCACUACACGGAGCACUUUAGUGAAUAAGGAACCGGAGAGCAUGCUUGCUCACAUGUUUCGGGAUAAAGUUUGCUCCUCUGCCGUGUGGCCUGCUCUGGAACAAGACGCCUGGGGCAAUAAGAGGGACCAUCAGGGAGGCUUCCUAAUCGACCGGAGCCCAGAGUACUUCAUUCCCAUCCUGAACUACCUGCGACAUGGGCAACUCAUCGUGAACAAAGGCCUCAACUUACUGGGUGUCCUCGAGGAGGCUAAGUUCUUCGGCAUUGACUCGCUAAUUGAACAGUUGGAAUUACUCAUUAAGAAUUCCUUGCCGGCUGAAGAUCACUCUCCCAUUUCCCGGAAGGAGUUUGUCCGCUUUCUCUUGGCCACACCCACCAAGUCAGAGCUCCGCUGUCAGGGUCUGAAUUUUCGAGGGACCGAUUUAUCCCGAUUAGACCUUCGCUACAUCAACUUCAAGAUGGCUAACCUGAGCAACUGCAACCUCAGUCACGCCAACCUGUGCAGCUCAAACCUGGAGCGGGCAGACCUGUCUGGCGCGAUACUCGAUGGUGCCAAUCUCCAGGGGGUGAAGAUGCUGUGUUCAAAUGCAGAGGGGGCAUCACUGAAAGGCUGCAACUUUGAAGACCCUUCAGGCCUCAAGGCCAACUUGGAAGGGGCCAACUUGAAGGGCGUGGAUAUGGAGGGGAGUCAGAUGACAGGAAUUAAUCUGCGCGUGGCAACCCUGAAGAAUGCCAAGCUGAAAAACUGCAACCUCCGAGGGGCUACGUUAGCUGGAACAGAUCUGGAGAAUUGUGAUCUCUCCGGCUGUGAUCUGCAGGAGGCAAACUUAAGAGGAUCCAAUGUGAAAGGAGCCAUCUUCGAGGAGAUGCUAACCCCCUUGCACAUGUCUCAGAGUGUGAGAUAAGUGGAAAAGAGAGCUGGGGGGGGAACGGGGGUAGAGGUGAAGGACCUCCUCCAGCCGGAUGUGUGACUUGCUGCCAUUCACCUCAGAUACACAGCAUUCUCAUUGGCUGGACCAGUGCAGAACUGACUUAAAGCUUCAAAGAAUUGCUUCCCCCACCCACCCCGCUGUUCCUGUGUUCCAGAGGCAGCACCCUGCCCGGACUCGACUGACUGGGGAAUGGAAAGUGUUUGCGUGAUCACAUUGGGAAGUGAAUUCCAUUUUGUUUUCUUCCGCGUUUGACAUGGGGCUUCCGUGCUGAUUUGGGAAGCACUUUGCAACUUUUUAUCUGCACCCUCUCUCACGCACGCACUCACACACAUGCACGCGCGCACUCUCUCACACACACUGACACACACACACAUACACACUCUCUCUCUCUCUCUCACAUGCACACUCUCUCACUCAUACUCACUCACUCAAUCUCUCACACAUACACAUACAUACACACACAUGUAUACACACACACACACACACAGAAUAAAGGAGAGACGGGUGAGUUCGAACAUGUACACAGCCCUGAGUUUGUGAUGCAUGGCACACUGCUCAGAUAUACCACAUAUACUUUUGAGCCUGCUUAUAUCUCGCUCUGCGUUAAAUAUAUGUAUACACAAAAAGUACCAGCGGGCUGCUCACUCAUGAAGGCAGCCAGCAUGACAGUGACCCUGGGCUUGAGGCACCUGUCUACACUCACUCUGCGUAACUGGCAUUCACCGCCUGGAUUGGCAGCAAGAUAUUUUGCACAGUAUUAAUGCAGUUUCAGAAAAUAUGGUGACGUAGUUAGCCACAGCAGAUACGUUUCGCACAGCAGAUAGCAGGCUCAGCGAUCUGUAAUAUGUGGGUGAGAAUUUGUUCAAGCGCCGUGCCAUUGUUGAGGUGCCUCUGUUAUAGCUCUUUCCCUACUAGUACACACGCUAGCUUAUGUUGGGAGCAGAGUUCGAUGGGGACUUAGGCUGACCUUCUGAAUAGGGACUCCUGUCACUCUCCAAUAGCCACUGACUAACUGAGACCAGACGUGAUGUGCAAGAGAGGGCAGUGGAUAAACCAUGUGGCUGUCUGCCGCUGUGACCCUUCCAGCCGUUGCCACUGGCACGGCUCCUUCUGAGGUAGAUAGAGGGCGAGGUACCCCUCUUGACUGUGGAGUCAUGAGGGAAGGGGUGGGGAAAUCAUCGGGUAAUCCUGCUCUAGCUUGCCUGGGACCCCACCUAAAUGUGCAAUGAAAGAAUCUGGAGUCUCAUGUUGUUGGAAUAGCAGGAAUCUCGCUGUCCAUGGGUAAGGUACCAGAGAGGUGGCAGUGCCCGUCUUGGCACCUCAACAUGAGUCAGGAGAAAUGGUAGUGCGAGGGGGAGUGACAGAAGCAUGCUAUGGAAACGCUGGCUCACCCUGAAUCACCACUGCCCUCUCAGCCUCGGCUAUGGUUCUGGAGUUGGGAACUGCUACCCCUACCGAGCCCCCCCCCACCCCCAACGCCAGUAAAGAACCAGGCUAGGGAGUAGCUGCGUUUGCGUAGCACCCUUGAUACAUUCCUUCGAGUGCGUUACCUGCAGUGGAUUAUGUUGACUGGGGCGAGCCAUUGGGCCACGACUAAUACCUGGUUUCUUGGGCAACUCCCCAGAGCUAGGCCCGUGACACAGCCUGGAGCUAUGGUAACAUGCGGCUGUCUAGAUUGUUGGAAUUUUGUAUAAAUUAACCACUGGUUAAGUUCUCCCAGAUUGUAAGAGAAGCUGUGCAUUCAGUCCACACACGCCAUCCAUUAGCACAGGACUCAGGCCUGGAAUGUGACAUGUUUUCUAUCUAUUAAAAGUGAAGCCCCACAGACCAUGAACAGUGCAGGCCUAUUUCUGUUGACUGCAUUGAUCUCCCAGUCUCUCUCUGGCUGGAAUGGAAUCCAGUGUUUUUUUUACACCUCCCAUAACUGCAGGUCAGUUCUCCGAAGGCAAAGUUCAAGCCUCGGACUCCCCCUUCUUCCCAUGCACGAGCGUGACGAUGUUCAGCUUGGCUAUGUCGGGUUCAGCUUGGCCGCGCUCAGCAACAUUAAGAGCAAAGCCAGCCUUUGCCAGCAACAUUAGCCUCAUGAAUUUUCACUUGCCUCUGUUAGCCAAGCCUGAGAAAAGGCACAGCCAGGAUUGUCCAUGAAGACACCCCGCAGGUCACCAGCACAGCCUGAGUUUGAAUGGAGUACAGGAAAGAGUGGGGUUUUGUUCGCUGCAUACAACACUAAGAGAAUGAGCACAGCUUUGCUGUUUAAAAAAGAAAUCUUGGUGCAUUCUGCGCACAGCAGGGAUUCUUUCUGAGCACAUUACCAUUUAGGUUUCAAUGCUGUAAUGGUUAAUCAUUGCAAUAUUGUAUUGAUAAUCUCUUAAAUUAAAGAACCUUUGCAGGA